AUGAUGAAGAAUUUUGAGUUAAUGAGCGACCUGCAGGACAGGAUCGCAGAGAUCAAGCAAGAAUUCCUACCACCAUUAUUAGAAGCAGAACAGUGCUACCUGGCUGCCGAAAAAUCUUUAAAGAAUCUAAAGGUUUUAUUUCAAAAGUCGGAGCUGUCUCCUGAGCAGGAACAGGAGUUUUUCAAAAAGAUAAAGCCCUGGUUCCUCAGCCAGAUGAUCUACUAUGCCGAGGUUUAUAAAAUGGAGGCCAACCAGCCUUUUGGACCUAAAAAGCAAUUCCGUAAAUUCUACAUCCGAGAGCAGAAAAAGGUCAGCCAGUUUAUCAGUGAACACCAGGCCUUUUACAGUUACCACAAAAGCGGUAGAACUGGUAUGGACCAUGAAUAUUUCAUGCGAGAUCCAGAUAAGAUCACAUCCCCGGAUAGUGCCUUUAUAGAAGUAGACGAGACCUUUAGCACCUAUCACAGCACCCUACUGUCCUUGCUGAUAGGCAAUGAGCGAUUGAAUGAGUUCAUCGAAGACAAACUCGAAGCCCGUUCCAAUUUUUUGGAAGCGCCAAGCUUCAAAUCCAUGCUCCGAUGGACCGGGCAAAAGGUCAAGCUGAUAGAACUGGGUUAUGCACUCCAUGCUAUGGGAGUUUGCAAUGAGGGAAAGGCAGACAUCAAACAGAUCAUGGAUGGAUUGGAGAUGCUAUUCAAUAUUAAGCUGGGCAACUACUAUAGCGUGUUCCUCAAAAAGAUCAGACUUAGAAAAAAGAACAUGACCAUCUUUUUAGAUGAACUAAAGGCCUCACUACUGCACCGAAUGGAUGAACAAGAUGCGAAUCCGAGGUAUAGUUAG